AUGCUUGUCUUCGAAGAACUGCAUCUAUAUAGAAAAUCCAAGAUUCUAAAACAAAAUCUCUCCAUCUCUACAACUCAAAUCAACACCUUUCAGAAUAUCGCGAGUAUGGAUUACGACUACCGCACUCUCCCGCCCUCGUCUUUUAUACCAUUCUUCGAAAGUGAUGAUUCUCGCUGGCAGGCAGUGCAGGAUCGAGACAUCAAUUCUGACGGAUUAUUCGUCUAUGCAGUCAGAAGCACAAAAGUAUUUUGCCGACCGGUUUGCAAAUCCAGGCAUCCUCGCCGAUGCAAUGUCUCGUUCUACGCGACAGGGAAACAAGCACAGCUAUCGGGCUUCCGCCCAUGCAAGCGUUGUAAACCAGAAUUAGAGGGUCUCAUGCCCGAGGAAACGGCGGUACAAAAAAUCCGCGAGUUCCUACAAGAGCUGGAAAGAACAGGAAUCAAUGAUGAAGGCUCUUAUCAGCUCACCUUGAGUCAAAUGGCGAGGCAAGCCAAGGUAUCGAAGUGGUAUUUCCACAGAGUAUUUAAGAAGUCCAUGGGCGUAACCCCUGUGCAGUACCUGAAGAUAUGGCGCGACACGAUUCAUACGCAAAAUCAACUUGAAAAUAACGGCAUGCAUUGGCUUGAUCAACCAGCCCCCUGUACCGCUGAAUGGCCCCAGCUUACGGAGACAUUUCCGAACGGCGAGGACUUUUCGACGGAUACCCUCUCCAAUGUCACAAGCGAGAAUGAUGAAGUAAUGGCUGCCGACUUUGCUUUUCCGAGCUGGCUCACUUGA